GACGACCAACGGGCAACACUCACGUCCAGUCCGAUCUGCCGAGUACGCCAAUUGCUGUUGUCGUCGUCGUCGUCGUCGUCGUUAUACGUAUCACUUGCACACCACCACAAUCAUGAGAUCGACUUUGUUCGCGGUGUGCGCUAUUGCGCUCUGCGCUCACUGUCUGGCCGCAGACGACAAGUCGGCCAAGAAGGAAGCCGUCGACGGCAAGACCCAAGGCAAGAGGAGCUUGUUCGACACCGGCUACGGUUUCGGCGGAGUGUCCGCUGACAGUUACGGACACGCCGACAUCCUGUCCGCCGGUUACGGACACGGACUCGUCUCGGCCAGCGGUUACGGCGCCGGUUACGCCGACUUCGCCGGUCACGACGCGUACGCCGCACACUCGUACCAACAUCACGUGCCAGUCAAGACCAUCACCAAGAGCGUCGGUCUCCCAUACCCCGUCGAGGUGGCCAAGCCAUACCCAUACCCAGUCAAGGUUGCCGUACCCGUGGACCGCCCUUACGCCGUAGACGUACCCCAGCCGUACGCCGUACACGUCGCCAAACCAUACCCAGUCAAGGUUCCAGUACCUCACCCAUACCCAGUCGUCAAGGAAGUGCCAGUGCCCGUCAAAGUACCAGUCGACCGUCCAUACCCCGUACACGUUGACAAGCCAUACCCAGUGUACGUCGAGAAGCAAGUGCCAUACCCGGUAGAGAAGCACGUCCCAGUGCCCGUCAGCGUCCCAGUCGACCGCCCAUACCCGGUGCACGUACCCGUCGAGAAGAUCGUACCGUACCCAGUCGAGAAGGCCGUCCACUACCCGGUCAAGGUACCCGUCGACCGCCCAUACCCGGUGCCAGUCGAGAAGCACAUCCCAUACCCAGUUGAGAGGGCCGUGCCAUACCCCGUCGAGAAGCAAAUCCCGUACCCAGUCAAAGUGCCCUACAAAGUGCCCGUCGCUGUUCCAUACCCGGUCAAGGCGUACCAACCAGACCACUACGAACACCACGACUACCACCACAGCAGCUCCGGAUACGUCUGCGAUCAACACAUAGACACGAUGAAAAUAAUAUUGUUUUCUGCGUGUGCAUUCGCACUAUGCACCAACAUUUUGACUGCAGAACAGUCUGAUAAGAAUAUCGUAAAAACAGACGACUCACAGUCCAAGAGAAGCGUAUCCGAAUUCGACUACGGAUAUGGAGGCUCUGAAGCAGCGAGCGGUGGCUACGGACACGAAUACUUCAAUGCCGGACACGCUAACAUCGGUGGAGAUUACGCAUACGGUGGUCACCAACAAUCGUCAUAUCAACACUAUGUACCCGUCAAAACCAUAACCAAAAAUGUGCCACAACCGUACCCCGUGGAAGUAGCAAAACCGUAUCCAUACCCAGUCAAGGUGGCCGUUCCAGUUGACAAGCCUUACACCGUAGAAGUACCAAAACCGUACGCUGUACACGUCGAGAAACCGUACCCCGUCAAAGUUCCAGUGCCCCAUCCAUACCCCGUUGUCAAGGAAGUGCACGUACCCUACAAAGUGCCCGUCGAUCGCCCAUACCCCGUGCACGUAGAUAAACCGUACCCGGUGUACGUCGAGAAGCAAGUGCCAUACCCGGUCGAGAAACAAGUGCACGUGCCAGUCAACGUUCCGGUCGACCGUCCAUACCCAGUUCACGUACCCGUCGAAAAGAUCGUACCAUACCCAGUCGAGAAGCCAGUCCACUACCCGGUCAAGGUUCCAGUCGAACGUCCGUACCCCGUGCCCGUGGUGAAGAGUAUCCCUUACCCGGUCGAAAAGGAAGUUCCAUAUCCGGUGUACAAGACGAUCCCGUAUCCAAUCAAAGUGCCGGUCAAAGUCGCCGUCCCAGUUCCGUACCCAGUCAAGACAUACCAGCCCGAACACUACGAACACCAAGGACAUCAUGAAGAACACGAUUACCAUCACGGUAGCAGCGGAUAUUAAACUAACUAAUUUCUUGAUCUAGUCACACUACGCCUAAGUGCAAAUAUUUACUAUUUUUUUUUUAUUUUAAUUAAAUGUUUUUUCUUUGUAAUGUAAUGGAAACGUUAAGAACAUUUUUAUCAUGAUUUUUCUAGCAAAAAGUGAAAAGAUCUCCAUAGUUCUAUCGGUAAUAUCAUUACUGAUGGAGUAGUGAAAUACUUUACAGUUUAUAUACCAUAACUAUAUUAAUAAUACUGUAUACACAUUACACACUAUACACGAUACAAUAGUGUAAUUGUUUGGGUAUUAUUUAUAUAAUCCCAUUUUAAAUAAUAUAUAUAUACAUAUAUAAAUUCUAUCCUUUUAUCUAUGUAUAUUACAAAUAUAUAAAAGUACAUCAAUGUAUAUUGUAUAACGUUCUAUUGUUAUUCAAAAUAUAAAUAAACAUGUUUCACUUA